UGUUGACAAUUAACAUUUCCAAAUUUUGAGGCUGUAUUUACGUAAGAGAGAUAUAUAUGAUACUUAUUAUAAGUUUAAUAUCGUGAUCAUCUUUGGAGUGAAAAUGGGGUUUUUAAGCAAUUAAAAACUGUGACGUUCCAGCCCAUAGGAGAAGGACAUCUUCGGACAAUUGUGGUUAACCUGUAUUGUCUAAAAUGGCCUCCUUCUAUUGGUUAGCUUCUGGUGGCUCAGCGGCAAGUCUGAGGGCGAGUGAGUUGCAUGGUUGCGAUUUUGGUCGUGAGACCUGGGGUGGUCAGUUGAGGGAUAAUAUAGCUAAAGGUGGAAUUUAAAUACUCGCGGUGAGAAGAGCACAGAGAGCCCACUGUGAAGCUUUGCACAUUUCUACCAUAAAGCUGACCAAAUUAAAAAAUCCAAUGAGGGUCCUCAUUUCUUAAUAUUCCACAGUUUUGUUGGGAGUAAAGAAUUUACCUUCUUCCCUGAAACAUUAUCUCGUGUAAAAAUUAUGUGAAUUGGUCUUUAUCAUAUUUAAUCAACGAAAUUUCGAGGCAACUGUACAUAUUAUUGACUACUUCAUGCUCAAGGCUGCAUAUUUAUCUCAAGCGAUAGUGUCACGUAUAUUGAGGUCUGCUGGAUCUCGUGCCACCUGCCAUGCCUCGUGCGAAUCAUGUGCCUGGUCCUCUUCUCUCGAAAAUGAGAUAACCGCCGCGUCAUAGGGCAGCUGUGAGGGCGCAUCAGUGACAGCUGACUGGCGACCGUGAAAUCAGAAUGUCAAGAUCCAUUUGGCAGUGAAGCCUAGCUUUAAAAAAAUAAUAAUAAUAGAUCUGGAAUAAUGAUUUACUUUUUAAGAUUGAGUUCUGGUUAUCGUUGCAUUUUCGUAACCAAGUUACCUAUAACUACCACAUGGCCCAAAGACUCCCUCCUUGACCAUGCACGUCCGUCCCAAAUCUAAUGUUCAGGCUAUGGCUGCUGUCUCAUCCUUUCAUCCCGGUCAACAUAGUAACAUGAUUGGCCACUUGAGUGGAAGUAAUAAUUCUGCACUGAACGCCACGAGGACUUCCAGUUUUGCCGCAGCUCUUCGUAAACUAGCAAAGCAAGCCGUGGAUCCAGUAUUGGAAAAAGAUCUCGUAUCCAAUACUCCUGCUUCAUCCCCUGCUGUAGUCUCAACAUCAGGGACACCAAAACAUAUGUUUACAGCACCAUACCUCUCCAGUAAUGGUCCAACGACAUCUACUGCUCCAUCUCCAGCAAUCACUAUCUCUCAUACUCCUAGUCAGUUAGCCCUGUCUUUAGAGACUAGAAAUAGGGCUGAUGUGUCAAGAUUGGGUUAUCUUGUUGUGGACAGCAAAGUUGCUCAAAGUGAGAAGAGAUACGAUUCUUACCUUAGGUCCAAGGAUCAUCAGGUCGUAUCUCACCUCAGGUCAGAAUCAGUCGGUAAUCCUCCAGAUGCUGGUCGUCCAUCCAUCAGUGGCUUUCAACCCUAUAGAAGUGUCAGUGACGUUUCCCAUUCUCACCCUUCUCUGUACGAUCAUCAUCAUCUACCUUUACUCCCAGCACCUUAUCCAUAUCAUACACCAUUUUUACCUCCGAGUCAUUUUCCUCACGUGGCUUAUGGACUUAAAGAUUCAUCUUACCUCGAUCACUGUGGCAUCGUGAGAUCUCCCAUGUGGUCAUUUCUCCCAGCUCCUGGUAUGGUUUCCAGAACUAACAUGCCUUUCGUUCCUGACAGACCCUAUCCAUCAGAGAUUCUAGGGCAUUCCUUAGGACUUGUUUCUCCUGGUGUCUCUGUCCUCAACCAUGAAAGUUUCAGAGUUCUUCAAGAAGAACGGUUACAGGAAAGGGAAAGAGAAUUAGUACAAGAAAAAAAAUGGGAUCAGGAGAGAGACCAAAUAAGGGACCAAGACAUAAUACAGAGUCAAGAAGUUACUGAAAGUACAGAAGAAAGGAGUUCUACUUCACGUAGCCCAUUGAUAUCUUCUAAAAAUGAGCCAGUGGGAACGUAUCGUUCAUUCACUCAGGGAACACCUCGUGACUUAGUCAUUAAAUGGCCACCUCAGGAAACCGUCACAUCCUCAACUCCUUUGAACUUGACAACAUACUCUACAGGGUUAAAGGAACACAAAGAAAUGGCAACAUAUCCUGAACGAGACAUGCCUGAAGGGUUAGGUUAUAAGCACCCAUUGUUGCUCAACCAGGACAUUGAAAGAAAUUUGCCACUUCCCUGUAGUCAAGCUACUAAAGAAAUUGACAAAUACUUCAGAAAGAAGGCUGAAAAGUCCAUAGCUAAAUCUUUGAUCGAGGUACAAGAUUCACGGUCUUCAGGAAGCACACGGCUGCAGAAGAAACUACAAAACACCAUAACUGACACUCGUAGUAGUAAUAAUACUAUUUAUGAUUACUGUACUAAAAAUAUUGCUGGUCGGAAUGGAACCAAGAAAGGAACAUGCAUUAAUGGAGAUUUAAAAGACCCUCAUGAUACAAUGAGAGAUUUAUUACCUGGAAAGCCUAAACACAUACUUUGGAAUAAAGUUGAUAUAAAUUAUACAUUAUCAGAAGAUGAUAAAAGAUGUAUUGACUUGAAAACAUGUUCAGAGCCAAAUAAAACACCUAGUGGCCUAAAACUACUGAAUACAUGUAAUUACAACUACCACUUUACUCCCACUCACCCAUCUCGAGUUACUGUCAAUUCAGAGAAGAAGGAAGUGUGUGGAGUCAUCAUUGAGAAUGGCAAUAGUCCUCGUCAAUCGAUGUCUGCACAUGAUCGAAAUGAUACAAGAGACACAGUCUGUAAUCUUCCCCCCAGAGUUGUGAGUAAGCUGGACAUGGAAGAAACGAAGUUGAAGAAAGUUAGACUCGAUGGCACUUAUCAGAGUGACAUUAAUGAUUCUGAUGUGGAAGAAGGUUAUCUUUUCUUGAUUAAAAGUGGCCCCCCUUUAAAGCUAGACCUAAAUCCUAAAAAAUUACAAUUCCUAAAGGUACUAGGUUUGACAACGCAUCAGAAAAGAAGAGAGAGAGACCUAGAAAAAUUACUGAAACGUAGUAAGAUUUUUCACCAGAAGAUUGUCACCCCAUUAUUGCUGGAAUCUCAAGUCCCUACUUCUGGUCUUAAUGAAGUUGGGACAAGUGUCAAACCAGAUGACUUGCGUAAAGAAGAGACUUAUCCUCAGAAAGCAGAAUUUUUAACUUUCUUCAGACUUCUGCCAACAACUUCGCAGAAAGUAGAUGAAGUGGAGAAGACCUGGAGGAUGGUUAAAAGUGAGAGAGAAAAAAGGAAACGAAAGUACUGGGAACGAGGGGAAAAGAAAAGAUGCGUAUCAACAGUUAGUUCUCAGAAGGAGGAAGGAAGAGUUGGAUCAAUAAAACUAGGAUAUAGAGAUAAAAAUGAGACAACAAAUCUAACCUUUGAGCUUGAAGGACCUUUUCCAUCUAUAAAAAAACCUGGUAAUGUUCACCUUCCUGUUAAUACCCUCUCCCAGAACAGAUCUUCAGCUGGCACGCUGGACAACUCAUCAGAGGAAGAAGCUACCCUCAAAGUAUGUCGCACACGACUUUGCCCAUUGAGUCAUAAAGAUCGGCCUGCAGAAUCACCUAGUACGUCGGGGUUAAACACUUCAGUGUCAUUGACACACAACCCUGAAGAUAGCAAGCUUGUGGAAAUGGACUUUGUGACACACAACCCUGAAGAUAGCAAGCUUGUGGAAAUGGACUUUGUGACACACAACCCUGAAGAUAGCAAGCUUGUAGAGAUGGACUUUGUGACACACAACCUGAGGGGUUGCAAUCACGUGGAAAUGAACUUUGUACAACAAUUCCAUAAGUCUGUACUUCAUGCUACUAAGCUGCAGUUGGCAGACCAAAAACAGCUCCAUUACACUGAGGAGAGUAAAAGGUUAAAGAAGAAUCCAGUUGUUACUUUAAGUACCGCUACAGAUAAUGUAGAAAAUUCAGGGAGAUUAGAAAGGACCGAAAUGAGACGUAAGAAAAACGACUCGUGGCCUGGAGUUGAAGCUAUAUUAGAAGCCUAUGAACAUCAUUUAGCAGAACAAAAGUCAGAAAAAGAGUUUCUGACUGAAAGAUGUCAAGAGCUAAGCCUUAGAAACCAGGAGUUCAACUCUCAAGUGGAGAGAAUGCAUCAGCAAUUAAAAGAACUUCUCUCACUAAAGCACCAUCUCCAGGAAGACAGACAGCAUUACCAAAACACCGUAGACAAACUUAAAAAGUGCCUUCACCAGCUGAGGUGAAAUUGUUUGGAAUUGAUGACCUUUAGCUCUUCUGGGCUUCUGCUCAUGGUUCUGAUGUAAUACAUUUCCAUUCUUUGGGACCACUUUUGUUAAACUGAGAUGUGACGAAUGGAGCCAUAUUGUGUUGUUUUUUCUAUGACGGUGUUUACUUAUGUGGUUUCUUUGGAUAUCCCUGCUCUAUGAAGUUCAACUUUUAACUUAAAGUAUUAAUGUGAAUAUAUAAAUAAAAGAAUGUUAUUUAAAGCUUCAGAAGAAUUAACUUGCAUAGGAGGAUCAACUAUUUAUCAGAAGAGCCAUGUGACAAACAGUCUACACAAACAGAUUUUUGAUAACAGUCAAUUUCCAUGUAGCCUGCACCUAGUCUAGCCACAAACUGUGUGUUCAUCUCAGUAUCAUGUUAAAUUAUACAUUAUGUUUUUGCUCCAUUAAUUGUCGUCCAGUUUUCGUGUAAUUAUUUCAGAAUUACAAAAAUAUGUAUAACUUCAUUAUAUUUGAUU